AUGGUUUACUCUCGUCUCGAAAUCCACGGUCCUUGUACCACCGACAGCCGCAAAUAUCGCUUCGCUCGUCCUGUCACAAGGUCCAUAUUAGCCUUUAAAACAAUAACGACCAAUUUUCAUAUUCUAUAUAAUCUGGCUCAUAACAUGAUUACUAAAACCAGUGGGCCAACACCCCGACCAAACAAUCCCUCACCGAGCGGGAAUCAUCGGGGGCCAACAACCGUCUCAGGGGAACUCCCUUCCAGGGGGAAAAGGUGCCGUGAGGCCAAGAACCCGCCUCCCAACCAAACCGCCGAGGCGGCGGAGUGCCCGGAGGAAGGACCGCCUCAGGGGCCAACAGGAAGUCGCCUCGAGGGCCAAAACAGGAGGUCGCCUCGAGGGCCGACAGGAGGUCCCUCGAGGGGAACAGGAGGUCGCCUCGAGGCCGAGCAGGAGGCCUCCUCGAGGGCCGAACAGGAGGUCGCCUCGAGGGCCGAACAGGAGGUCGCCUCAAGAGCCGAACAGGAGGCCGCCUCAAGAGCCGAACAGGAGGCCGCCUCGAGGGCCGAACAGGAGGUCGCCUCGAGGGCCGAACAGGAGGCCUCCUCGAGGGCCGAGCAGGAGGCCGCCUCGAGGGCCGAACAGGAGGUCGCCUCGAGGGCGGAACAGGAGGCCGCCUCGAGGGCCGAGCAGGAGGCCGCCUCGAGGGCCGAGCAGGAGGCCGCCUCGAGAGCCGAACAGGAGGUCGCCUCGAGGGCCGAACAGGAGGUCGCCUCGAGGGCCGAACAGGAGGUCGCCUCGAGGGCCGAACAGGAGGCCGUCCUCGGGGGCCGACAGGAGGUCGCCUCGAGGGCCAAACCCGGAG